AGACAACAUCCUUCGUUCUUUACUGAAUUCCUUCCAUAAGAUAAUGAAGGCUGGUCAUAACCUUAAGGUGAACCGUACUAAGAACUUGAAGGCGAAGGGUGGUCAGAACCUUCAAAAUAUGGGUCAAUCUCGUGACAAUGAUGGUGCUACCAAGAAAACCCCAGCAAAGUAUGUUGCCCCUGGCUCACUUGGGAGGAGGGUUCCAAAUCGACCCACCAGUUUCUCUAGCCUAAUGUCUUCAUCUACUCCUCAUAGGGCAAGAGAAUCCCCUGUUGUAACUACCAACAUGCCCCAAAGGGCAAGGGAA